GGUCUGCAUCCAAUUUUGAAUUCGUGUGUGGUCUUCACUUGAAGUUUUAUUUUUCAUGUAAACAACGCUUGCAGUUAGGAGGCCACACAAUGAGUGCUCGCUUCGUGUGGCUCUCGUGGACGUUCUCCUUGAUGUUACACCUAGCAGUCACAGUACCACUCGAUUAUCCUGACUCUAGUCCUAGAAAUGACUCUAUGUGGAACUACCGAGAAGUCUCUAGACACUUCAAAGCGAAUGACAUUAUAGACAUGGACAACUCCAUGUUCCUGUUGGACCGUUUGUCUCAAGAUGCAAGGAGUUUGCGUUACUGUCGACGGAAGGCUACUUGUCAGCCGCUGAGUAAUUCUACAUGCUUGGGUGCAAAGUUACCGUACUCCUCUACCACUCUUGAGCUGGUACCAAGGCUAACCUCCGCGGAUCAGAUUACUGAACAUUUCAUAAUCUGGAAAGGUCUUAUCAAUUUACCUAGGUGCUGGGCAGUGAUUCAACCUUUUCUCUGUUCAUUGUACUUUCCCAGGUGUGAAAAUGGCUUGGUUGAUCUCCCAUCUCAGGAAAUGUGUAAAGUUCUUCUCGGACCAGCUUGUAGGAUAUUGACAGAGAUGAACGCUUGGCCAAUGGCACUCAGGUGUAACGACACCACUGACUUUCCUCUGGCGUGCAAAAAUGACGUUAGAGAGCUCAAGUUCAACACGUCAGGCAAGUGUAGGGAGCCGAUGGUUCCGACUGACAAUCCAGGCUCCUACUACGAUGGCAUGGACGGCUGUGGUGUACAGUGUGACAACCCUAUGUUCACACCUGAUGAGCGUUACCAGAUACACCGUCUGGUCGCGUGGUCUGCUACUAUCUGCUUCCUGUUCAAUUUGUUCACUGUUGUGACGUUCAUGAUUGACUGGAAGUCGUCCAGCAAGUACCCAGCCCUUGUGAUAUUCUACACCAACCUCUGUUUCCUGAUCGUCUGUCUCGGGUGGCUGGCACAGUUCCUACCCGGGGGCCGGGAGGAUAUUGUGUGCCGUAAGGAUGGAACACUCAGAGUGGGAGAGCCUAAUGCCAGAGAGAAUCUAUCCUGUGUGGUUGUGUUUGUGCUGGUCUACUAUUUCUUCAUGGCAGGGAUUGUAUGGUUCGUCAUACUUACGUACACCUACCACUACCACAUCAUUUCUCAGGUGCAGGGCAAGAUCAUGGAGAGGUUGGACAAGAAGGGAGCUUACUUCCAUCUGGUGGCGUGGUCACUGCCUCUAGUGCUCACCAUAGCCACCAUGGCUCUGGGGGAGAUAGACGGCAACAGUGUGUCAGGGGUGUGUUUUGUGGGCUCAGUCAACCACAUCUACCGGGGAGUGUUUGUGCUGCUGCCAAUCUUCGCAGCUCUCGGUGUUGGUGGAUUCUUCCUCUUCAAAGGACUGCUCACACUCAUCAAACUGAAGAUCAGUAGCCAGGAAAUCAUGUCAGAGAGAGCCAGUGCCAAGAUAAAGGAGACAAUAGUCAGGAUGGGCUUCUUCUCAGUGCUUAUCUUCAUAUUCGGCUUCACUACUUUUGCCUGUCACAUAUAUGAGUUCCGCAACACUCCCUUGUGGCGUGCUAGCUUCCGCAAGUACAUUGUUUGUCGCUUAGUGUAUGAGACCCAGUCCCAGUGUCUGAUGGACAAUAGGCCCAGUCUGGCCAUUCUACAACUUCAUCUGUUGGCGUUGUUUGCUACAGGCAUAUCAAUGUCCUCUUGGGUCUGGACUAACUCAACUGUUCAGACUUGGAAACGAUUUUUUGCAAGAUUGACCAACAAAAAAACAGAGGAGGCCCCAAUAAAACUGAAGAAACACAAGGUGAUUGCUCAGGCGUUUGCCAAGCGCAAGAUGUUAAACAGCAAUGGCCGUCUGAGCAUCAGCAUACACAGGACUUACCAAGACCCUGUGGGCCUGAACUUUGAGCUGAACAGUAUGGCGUCGGGCAACCUAAGCUCUACCUGGGCUGCUGCACUGCCUAAACUGGUGACACGGCGUGGGGCUCUGGUCGGCGGGACCAACUCCAACUCCAGCCAGCGAAGAAACUCCAUUGACUCAGAGAUCAGCUACAGUGUCCGCAGAGUGUCAGUAGAGUCACGUCGUCACUCUCUAGAUUCUGCAGUCAGCGUGCAAGUGGCAGAGUUGACCAAGACAGUGCGCAAGGCCAGACAGACUAGAGGUAACCACAGAGGUCGUCACCGUCGCCGCAGACGCAGCCGCAACCUGGGCUCUCGGCGCGGCAGCUCCACGUCCCAGGAGAGUCAGAUGGACGCUCAGAUAUUCUCUGCCUUGACAAUUGGAAGGGUAGAGAUUCCUCCGUUGGUCCACAACCAGAACAGAAGAGAAGCCACUGCAGGUCUGAACGACAGUUUGAAUGUUCUCGCUGAAAAACUCUUUGGCAAUCUGGCUGGACCUCUUGGAUUGUCACAGGAAAGUGAUGGAAGCAGCGAAGAGGAAGUGACACAAGUAAGAGAAACACUUAUCACUGGUAGAUACACAAAUACAAACACCAACACAAACACAUACACAUACAGCAACUGCAGUGAUGAGGAAAAGAAUGAAGAAGAGGAAGAAGCUAACAGCGACGACGUUACACAACCUUUGACCAAAAACUACAUGAACAAGACUGAAUAUAACGCACGUAUCGUCAAAAUGAAUUCAAAAAAUAAGAAGACGUAUGAUAGCGACAAUGAAGAUAGGAAGAGUAAGAAAAGCGAGGGACGACACAGCAAAAUGAGCAACAAAAGCGAUUUGAGUCGUAUGAGUAGAAAAACCCAAGGAAGUGACUCGGAGAAAAAGACGACGAAAUAUGAAUUCAAAAGAGAAAAGUUCAACUAUCCCAGUUGUAGUGAUUUGGAGAAUUGUACGGAUGAUGCGAAGUGGAUACAGAGUGAAGGAGAAGGUAAAGGAAGUUCUAAGAAGGUGAAUGUUGCUGUUUCAACAGAUUGCUCUUUAAGUCCUGAUCAAAUACAUUACACUUAUCAAUCAACUUCGGCUGUGUCUGUUGGAAGUAAUCCUUACAAUGGGAGAGAGAUCGGAACCCAGACCAAUGUAUCAUUUAACAACAGAGACCGCUGCUCCAGCGCGGGUAGUAAACCCAAGAGGAAGAAAAGUAACGCUUCCCGUCAAAAACAGUCUUCCACAGACUCAUCACUGAAGUAGUCCAGUUUAAGGGAGGCUCUUCACCCCCUUGAAUCAUUCUGAAGUAGUCAAUCAACAAGAAUAUGAAAGUAAGUUACUCAAAGAUAUUAUUGUAUGUUAAGUCACAUUCACAUCAAAGUGAGAUUUUUUCCACUAUAUUAGUGGUUUUGUAAAUACUUUUAGGAUAAGAAAAGUGAUAUUUUAAGAUAUAUAUAUAAACCUUUUUGUAUGUUUUAACCUGUAGCCAGGGUUACAAGAAAAGUGCCUUUUUAAAAGCUCAACUUCUGAGUUUUCUUCUACUCUUUGUAAUGUUUACUUUCUCUGUGAUUUUACAGUAAUUGGUGAUGCAUUAAAUAGACAAGUUCUAGUAUAGAACAAUUGUUGUGUUGAUUCUUUGUAUGUUAUUGAUUUUGUGGAACUAAAUUUAUAAGUUUAUACACAGGCAGCUAGAGUUUUCUAAUUUUAAUAAAUAACAGUACAAAUUUGUUUUAAGCUGACACAGAUCUAAAUUGCAUGAAAUAAAUUCCUACAUAUACACGCAAAACUUAAAGUUUAACAGAAUAUAGAAACUAGACAACUACUACUACUGUCAUAGUAUCUAUUUAAAUACCCUGUAAACUUUGGACUUGAUUAAUGAACAAAUAUUAAUUUUAGUACUAUUUCAAGAGUAAACUAGAGAAAGAACAAAUACUAUAUUUUAUUAUUUAUCGUCAAGUUGAAAUUAUAUCUGGUCAAAUAUAUUCAUCAGGCAAUAAUGAAUCGAAGCUGUAAAAUGAUCAUGAUAGAGAAUCUCACCAUUAAAUUUUGUUUUAAAAUUUAAAUUUAAAUCUUAGGUGUUGACUGAGGACAAAAUAUUGAGGACAAAUUUAUAAUUUGUUGCAUAGUUAUUAUAGUAAAAUAUUAGUUUAUGAACUCCUUAACUAUUGUGUCCUAUAGAUAUUUGUAUACCCAAGAGACCUGUUAAGAGUUUGCACAUUGUUAACUCUCCUAAUAACUUAGUUUACUUCUAUAAUUCAGGCCGAUAAACAACAGUUAAAAGCAAUUCUCGUUUACAAUUCUCCUAAUUGUAGUAUAUACUUUACAAUUUUUAACUAUUUUAACUGUUUUUAAAUAAACUAAGGUAUUAUAUUGGAUUUUAUUGUUUUAUAUGGAUUUAUCUUUAAGGGUUCUUAUUAUUAUCACAAAUUUUGUAAAUGAUUGAUGUAAGAUGUGAUUUGAUUGUCUUUACAUAUUUUUGUAGAUAAGUAAGAUAAUAAUUAUUUAUAUAUAAAAUUAUAUUUGAGGAAUCUUUAUAAAUAACUUCUUGAUCAGCAUCAUACGUGUUAUAAAAUUACCUGAAAGCACAUAAAAUACGUCAAAUAACUCUUAUUAUAAUAUACGAGGGUUGUUUUUUUUUCAACCUCCGAUAGGCUAUGAACAAAAGACAAGUUCAUAUAAAACAUUAAAUUUAUUACCAAAAGUUUGGUCCAUUUAUGGUUACUUUUUGACAUAAUCACCAAAGAGAUUGAGACAUUUGCUAUAUCUGUGCACCAGCUUUUUAAUACCCUCUUCAAGAAAAGUGGC